CAAAGCAGGAAAGAGAGAAACUCAGCAUCGCGCAGCAGGAUUAAAACGAGGAGCACCAAGGAGGCGUUUUUCUGCUGGAUGUACAGCUCCAGAGAGAAAAAGAAGAACAGAAUUAGCCUGCGAGGUUUGCGUCACUGCCAACGAUGCGGGACUCCGUCUUCAAUUGCUGUUUUGCCCCGCCCCAUCCUCCUCCGGGCAGGCGGGAUGAAUCCCAUUUCCAGGGCAAUAGAGCGUUGGCUCCGCCCCCUAACGACCGACGCUUCUUGAUCUUCUUCGACUUCGAUGAGACGCUGGUGGACGAGUGCAGUGAUGAUGCGGUGGUCAGCGCAGCGCCUGGUGGCUCUCUCCCCAGCUGGCUGAAGGACACAUAUCGACCGGGCAGGUAUAACGAGUACAUGCAGCGUGUGCUGGCCUACCUGGCUGAGCAGGGCGUCACUCCAGGGACCAUCAUCAGCACGAUAGAGCGACUUCCGCCAUGUCCGGGCAUUCCGGCACUGCUGCGCUUCCUGAUGUCCCGCCCACCGCGGGAUUUUGAAGUUGUGUGUGUGUCUGACGCCAACACAGUCUUCAUCGAGGCAUGGCUGCAGAAUCUGGGCUUCCGCCAGCUUUUCCUGCGCAUCUUCGCAAACCCUGCCCACUUUGACGACAACGGCCAGUUGCAACUCCGCCCAUUCCAUUCCCACAGCUGCCUGCGGUGUCCCAUGAACAUGUGCAAGGCGGAGAUCGUGCGGCAGUACACAGCUCAGCGGGUUCGUGAGAGAGGUGGUAGACGCUACCAGAAGGUUCUGUACGUCGGAGAUGGAGCCAACGACUUCUGUCCGUCACUCACACUUUCGCCGGGGGAUACAGCUUUUCCUAGGCGCGACUUCCCCAUGCACCGGCUGAUCCAAGAGAUGGGGGAAGCUAAACCUGGAGAGUACAAGGCCAAUGUGGUACCCUGGAGCAGUGGCGAGGAUAUCAUAAACAGGCUCAGGAAGAUAGUGGAAGAAAAGCCUUAAAAGAGUGGUUCACAGUUCUGGAGUAACCCUGUCUUGCAUGCUUUGGUAUUUUUUGGGUUGCUUGCUCCAAAACACCUCAUCCAAAUCAGACAGUUCUCAUCAGUUUGUAAAGUUGGAAAACUGUCUUGUGACCAAAUCAUAACUACCUGUUGUUUGGUUCGGGUAGCCAUCGGCAAGUGGUAAAUCUAUCGCGUGAGCAAUACCCAUAAAUCUUGGGAUGGACCAAAUUCAACUUGGUCUACUGUGGUCAUGUAGUAUUAGAAAACUGCCGUGUUCAGGUGAUCCUCAUAAACGUAUGAAUUUCCCAGUUUACCACAUGCAAGUUGCAUACAAAAGUAUGAAAGUUGUAAAUUAAGUCGUAAAGUGACACUAACCAGCGUAGUGUCUUAGUCCAUGUGAACAAAGUCAAUCAAGCCAGCAAACAGUGUAGUCUUCUGUGUGGUAAACAAUGUAUGACUGACACCUAAAUUUCGGUAUCAUGUGCGUAAAUUACUGUAACCUUACACAUACCUGUAGAAAGCAGGCAGGCAUUAUCAGUAAGAAACCAAGAAUAGAUUUUUUGGUGAGCGAUAUUAGUGAUCCAUCAUGCAGAUAUGAUAUGACGUGAUGAAUUUGCCAGUCGUCGAUGACCAGCCAAACGUCUCAAGAGGCAUUCCAUUACUAUAUUAGCAGGUUAUUUAGAAGAGCCCUUAUUGAGGCGAGUGACCAAGUGACCUCAAGUAUUGACUUCAAGACAAAAUGUGCCCAGAUAUCAUUGAGACUGGCUGCAUUUCCCUGAAAAUGAUUUUCACAAAAUGUAUGUACAUUAUACUCGCGCGUCUCAAAAAACAUUGUGCGUGAUAAAGUUUGCAUGACUGAUUAGCUCACUGUGGCUAACCCAACAGACAGUGACUAUAUACUUUUUAAAUGAUUUUGAAAGUUGGCAAGGCUAAUUACUAGCACUUUUCUGACUUAAAGUGGCAUAUUAGAGCCAAGAAAACAGUCAAGUGCAAAAGAUGAGGGCACUACAAAGACUAGGAUUGUGAACAGCCUUAGAAAUACCCAGCCAUGCCCAAACAUAUACAUACCCAAAGCCUUAAAGUGAAGCUAAAUAUACAGUUACAUGUCAAGUGUCACACAUUAUGAGCAGUGUGCGAACUCUGAAACAACAGAGGAGGGGUGGUAUUAAGGCACAGCUAUGCUUUCCUUAAUUAUGCAUAUCUGUGCACGGGAUGUCUCCUCCGCAUAUCCUGCAUUCAUUUGGAGCGUGGAUCAGGCAUAUCCUCAGAAAUGAAUGCUAGGCAUGCACCACAUUCAGUACCAACACAAGUACUGGGGGCAGUAUACCACAACGUGAUGACCUUAGCAGCAAACCGAGCCAACCAUGAAAACAACUGCAACAACGUCAGAAAGGACGUAGUUUGUCUACAAUAUCCUCUAAUUAUUUCUCCUUGCUAUUCCAUGAAUCAAAAAAAUCUAAAGUAGUCAUGGAACGUAUUGUGAAGCCAGCCUGGGAUGUUUCUGCUCUGACCUGCCCCCUAAAGGAUAAAAGCUUUUAUUCCUCCAGAUACACAGACGAGUUCCUCGUGUAACAGCUGUUUGCGCACACAUGUGUGUCAUAUACAAUAAAGUAUAACUGUGCCUUUAAUGGCAGCUGCUCUGUUAUGCCAGCCAAGGCCAAUUUAGCCUUUUCUUUGUUUGUGGCUGAGAUUAUACUGAUUAUGUCAGUAUGACAUAACCUGUGUGGAAAUAUCACCAUGCUCAGAACAUGUUCAUCCAUAUUCUAUAAGCAUUUCUUUGAGCAGUGGGUAACCUGAGAGCUAUAAUAAUGCAUGAACAAAGUCAGAACCAUAAUUUAAUGAUUUUGUCCUAAUUUGGGUGCUUUUUUGAAUCACGUUUUUACAUCUUUCUAGUACUGUCUUUGUGUGUCCUACAUGUCAAUGUGUGCAUGUGUGUUGUUUGUCUGCAUAUCAUAAUCGUCUCAUGCAAAGUCCGAGACUGUGUGCCUUUUGUCUCUUAGUCUGCAAAGUAGAUGUGUCUUGUUAGUUGUAUGCAUACCUCUGUCUUACUAGGAGAGAUAUAAAUGAUUUGCUAAAC